GAACUCGGUUUAUACUAGAUUAAAGUGGGGCGAUGGCGAUGCUGGACCGGUCUUUCUCCGUCUCCGCUUUCUCUACCUCGGCUGCCGGAGACGCAGGCCCGGCUCCUGGAAUUCACCGCGAUAGGGUCACCGCCGAGGAUCUCCGUCUCUACGAACCUCCCCGGCCGAUCUAUUCUUUUCCUUCCGUGGAAAUGGGUGAAGAUUGUUGUUCUAUCCAACUCAUUGAUGGAGAUGGCGUAUUCAAUGUUUCUGGUAUCGAAAAGUUUAUGAAGAUGGUGAAGCUGGCUGAAUGUGGGUUGUCUUAUGCGGUGGUCUCUAUAAUGGGCCCUCAAAGUAGCGGGAAGAGCACUCUUUUGAAUCACCUAUUCCAUACCAACUUUAGGGAAAUGGAUGCUUUUAGAGGAAGGUCACAAACUACUAGAGGAAUUUGGUUGGCAAGGUGUGCUGACAUUGAGCCAUGUACACUUGUAAUGGAUUUGGAGGGCACUGAUGGGAGAGAGCGAGGAGAGGACGAUACUGCAUUUGAAAAGCAGAGUGCACUUUUUGCUCUGGCUAUUUCAGACAUAGUGCUGAUAAAUAUGUGGUGUCAUGAUAUUGGCCGAGAACAGGCUGCCAAUAAGCCUCUUUUAAAGACGGUAUUCCAGGUCAUGAUGCGAUUGUUUAGUCCUCGCAAGACAACAUUAUUGUUCGUCAUACGUGAUAAAACCAAGACUCCUUUAGAAAAUUUGGAACCCCUUUUGAGGGAAGAUAUUCAAAAGAUAUGGGAUUCUGUUUCAAAACCACGAGCUCUCAAAGAAACUCCACUAAGCGAUUUUUUCAAUGUUGAAGUUGUGGCUCUUUCAAGUUAUGAAGAGAAAGAAGAGCUAUUCAAAGAACAGGUUGCCAGUUUAAGGCAAAGAUUUUUUCAUUCUAUUGCUCCUGGUGGACUUGCUGGUGAUCGCCGGGGGGUUGUUCCUGCUUCAGGAUUUUCAUUUAGUGCACAACAGAUCUGGAAGGUUAUCAAGGAGAAUAAGGACCUUGAUUUGCCUGCACACAAGGUUAUGGUUGCCACUGUACGCUGUGAAGAAAUUGCUAAUGAAAAACUUGCUUAUAUAAGUGCUGAUGAGGAGUGGCUUCAACUUGAGGAGGCUGUUCAACAUGAUAUAGUACCAGGGUUCGGGAAAAAGCUUACUGCAAUCUUAGACAAGUGCUUAUCAGGAUAUGAUAUGGAAGCUUUUUAUUUUGAUGAAGGUGUCAGAACUGCAAAGAGGCACCAACUCGAAUCAAAGCUUCUGGAGAUGGUCUAUCCUGCCUAUCAGUCUAUGUUGGGGCAUCUGCGGUCUAAAACUCUAGAUGAUUUUAAGGAGGCUUUUGCCAAGGCUCUGGAAAGAGGAGAAGGAUUUGCUGUUGCUGCUCAUACUUGUGCUCAAUCUUUCAAGUCAAAAUUUGAGAAUGGCUGCGAAGAUGCAGCUAUUGAACAAGCACGAUGGGAGCCUUCGAAAUUUCGGGAAAAGCUUCGGCGUGAUAUUGAUGCACAUGUUGCCUCAGUUCGUGCUGCAAAACUGUCUGAACUCAGUGCCCAGUAUGAGGAGCAACUGAAUAAAGCUCUUGCAGAACCUGUGGAAGCUCUCCUUGAUGCAGCUAGUGAUGAUACCUGGCCAGCAAUAAGAAAACUUCUCCAGCGCGAAACUGAAUCUGCUAUCUCUGGUUUUUCUUCUGCCCUCUCAGCAUUUGAUAUUGACCAGGCAACUACAGAUAAAAUGAUUGCAAAACUACAGGAGUAUGCUAGAAACGUUGUUGAAUCUAAGACUAAAGAAGAAGCUGGAAGUGUUUUGAUUCGUAUGAAGGACAGGUUUACAACAUUGUUCAGCCAUGACUCUGACUCAAUGCCAAGAGUUUGGACAGGAAAGGAAGACAUCAGAGCAAUUACAAAAACUGCCCGAUCUGCGUCCCUGAAGUUGCUCUCUGUAAUGGCUGCAAUUCGAUUGGAUGAUGAGUCUGAUAACGUUGAGAAUACUCUCUCACUUGCUCUGCUGGAUACUGCUAAGAGUGGCAAUGCAAAUAGAAGCAUCCAAUCAUCUGAUCCACUAGCCUCAAGCUCGUGGGAAGAGGUUUCACCCACAAAAACUUUGAUUACACCUGUCCAAUGCAAGUCUUUGUGGAGGCAAUUCAAUGCAGAAACCGAGUAUACUGUAACUCAGGCCAUUGCUGCUCAGGAAGCCAAUAAGCGUAAUAACAACUGGUUACCCCCUCCAUGGGCGAUUGUUGCCAUUCUUGUUUUGGGAUUCAAUGAAUUUAUGACACUUUUAAGAAAUCCUCUUUACCUUGCUGUCAUAUUCAUUGCCUUUCUAUUGGGCAAGGCCAUCUGGGUCCAGCUAGAUAUCCCACGGGAAUUCCAAAAUGGCGUUCUCCCUGGUCUCCUCUCCUUGUCCACGAAGUUUCUCCCGACAGUAAUGAACGUACUAAAGAGGCUAGCAGAUGAGGGCCAAAGGGCUGCAGCUCCAGAACCCCGGAGGAACCCUGAACUUGCUUCAAAAAGGUUCAGGAAUGGCAUAUAUGACAAUUCAACAUCUGAUGCAUCUUCUAAUAUAACCUCGUCAGAGAGUGGGGCUGAGUACUCAAGCCCGUUAAAACAAUGAUCGGAAUGAAGGAUAGACUUUUGACCACCCCAUUUCUUGUGUUUGGCUGUGGUUUUUUAAAAUGGAAGCCAUGUUCAAGUCUCCUGUUUUGCUGAGAUGCCCUCGCCAAUGUUAAGGUUGGAGCCAAGGAAUGUAUCUAGAUUAUGUAAUUGUGAGUAUAUGAUAUGUUGGUUGUAUGAGAGGAAAUUGGAUGUUAGUUUUCAUGCUUUUUCUAAUUUAUGGGGUUUUUUGUGAGGGGUUAUAUUUAGUUAAGAAAUGACCCCGUAACGAAUAAUUUUAUUUUCUUACUCUGCUUCAUUUUUUUUUUGUUUUACGUGUGUAGCUUGUCGAUAGAUGUAUAAAACUCAUUUGGUUUCAUGAAGUGUUUAUGUUCUUACUCUUUGAAU